AUGCCAAGGCUCACUGGUGACGCAUUGUAUCUGUACACCUCUGCUUACGGGCAGGAACGCUACGAUCGGUAUAACGAUGAGCCUGGGUCCCCCACAUGCCACGGUGGCCUCCCUCCCUCCCCGGAUCCUGACGACUUCGACGAAACACGACUACCCCCCUUCUUUCACAGACCGGAGCAUGACGUAGAAUCGGUGUACUGGACUAUGGUAUACGCUCUUCUACGCGUUCAGCCAGCCGGUGCUCCAAGAGAACUCGAUCUGUCUGCCGCGUCUGCUUCUGUAUGGAAGACUCUCCUCUCGCAUUAUAUUCCGGGCGAGGAAUACGAUCAAUCAGAUGAAAAACGUCAUGAGGUCAUGAGCAGGGUAAAGCAGCAAUGGCUGGAUCUCUUUGGUGCGACCAUGCAGGACGUUGCCCUGCUCUUGUGGCGAAUUACACAACAUGUUCGUGCGGAAUACGCCCUGUGGAAGUGGGAAGGCAACUUCCAGCCUGACCACCUCCAUGAAGCUGUACAGCGCCUCAUCCUGCAAUAUCUGAUCGACCAUCGCGACAAUCCCAUCCAACUAGAUCCGGAUCAUCUGCGUCCUACUCACCCUCGUUCCACCAACCAGGGGGACACCCCGACCGCAACACAGCUUUCGUGGACGCAAGCUAACGGUGUUACAGGAAAUCACACUGCAAGUCGGGUUGGAUCACGACGAGCUGCCAGCGGCAAUCAGGGGUCUGAUGAGGGUUCAAGACAUACGGCUACUGGGAAGAGCGCUGCGAAGGAUGCCACUGCUGUUGGCGGACCGUCAUCGAAAUCCAAGCAACCUCGUGACCAAGCGAAGACGAGCCAGCCGGUACCGAAUAAUUGCGAACCUGAAGCGCAAGCUGAGCGACAAGAAGCCAUUUCGCAGCAGCAAGCGUCUGAAGGCUCUCUCCGGUGCUCCCGUGUCCCCCACGCAGCAAGAUGA